UUGCACGCUCGGUGAGCAAUGUAAACACACUCUGCACACAGACAGUUCCUUAAAUCAUACGGAAGAAUUCAAUGUACAUCAGUGGGUUUUAUAUACUUAUUUUAGUCAAUGUUCGUCAAUGAAUCACUCCGAAAACUCGAACAAAAUGAGGUUUCUUUCCAUCAUUUUAUUAACAUUAACCGUCGAGAUAAGAGGAGAAAGUCCUCGUGUGACAGUCAAUGAAGGAACAUUGGUCGGGAAGACAGUGGAAUUUAGUGAGAAUCAGUUCAUCAAUGUCACCAAGAAUAUAGAUAUGUUUCUGGGUGUACCUUUUGCAAGUCCUCCGCAAAGGUUCUCUCCUCCAGAACCUAUGACGUCAUGGUCAGGAGAACGAAAUGCAACUGAAUUCUCACCAGCGUGUCAACAAGAUCCCUCAAACUCCCUCUAUUACCCAAUAACAUCAGAAGAUUGUCUCUAUCUAAAUGUAUAUACACCGAGUCCAAAGCCCUCUGGUAUACCUGUGAUGGUAUGGAUUCAUGGAGGAGGGUUUGUUACUGGUUCAGCAAUGACCUACAGUUACUAUGGAGUUCCAUUGGUUGCUGUUGGUGAUGUUAUCAUGGUUUCUAUCAACUAUAGACUGGCAAUCUUUGCACAUUUGACAACUGGGGAUUCUGAAGCUCCUGGAAACAUAGGGAUGCUGGACCAAGUUGCUGCUCUGGAAUGGAUUUAUCAUAACAUCGAAGCGUUUGGAGGUGACAAAGACCGAAUCACAAUAUUCGGAGAGAGUGCUGGAGCAGCUAGCGUCGGAUUUCAUGUACUUUCCAAACUCAGUCGUCCAUACUUUAGUCAAGCCAUUUAUCAGAGUGGAACAGUAUUUAAUCCCUGGUCAUUCGAAGACGAUCCUUCAGAAGGGAUUGAGAAGUCUCAAGACCUUGGAAGAUCAAUGGGUUGUGAUGAUGUAACAUCUUCUGUUUCUUUGGUCUCGUGUUUAAGGGAUUUGGAUCCUAUAGCCCUAGGCCAAGCCGCUGACCAGGUUUACGGGCAAACAUAUCCAGUGACUUUAGAUGGAGUCUUCCUAGAUGAUACCCCAACUAAUCUGUAUGAGAAAGGAGACUUUGCUAACGUACCAAUCAUGAUAGGUUUUAAUAAAGAUGAAGGAACAUUAUAUGUUUUACAGGUCAUUCCCGAGUCUUUCGGUAGUCCGAUAGCACCUUAUAUUAACCGUACAUACUUCGAAACUUACGUUCGAUCUAUCAUGAUUAUUUAUGAACGCAACGAUGAGAUCGUCAAUGAUGCCGUGUUCCAAGAGUACAUAGACUGGACAAUGGCUGAUGACCCUACUGCUGAUUACUUUCGAUCAAUGGUUGAUUUUAGUGGUGAUUUUGAUUUCGCUUGUUCAUCUGAUAUGGUGAUGAGGAAGCAUGCACAAGCUGGUGGCACUGUCUUUAAGUAUUACAUGACACACGAUCCUACUGAUUCUAUAUACAAGUACGGUGAUAUCAUUCCUGAUAUACCUUGGAUUGGAGCUGGUCACGGGGAAGAUCUGAUUUUUGUCUUUGGUUAUCCAUUCAUUGAAGAACUUAAAGACAUCACGGGUCAUACCUUGACAGACGAAGAAAAGGCACUCUCUGUAAAGAUGAUGAAAUUCUGGACAAAUUUUGCCAAAUCAGGAAAUCCAAGCAAGUCAAGUUUGGAUGGUGAAGAAGGAGAAGGAGAGGAUUUUUGGCCUUUGUAUACAAUCCCUGAACUGAACCACAAGGAGAUAUCCCUCCAGUUAGGGCAAGGUAGAGCUAUUAGAGCUCGGCAGUGUCAUUUCUGGAAUGAAUAUGUUCCAAAACUUCAAGCUUUUUCAAAUUCAAUUGACGAUGAGGAGAAGGCAUGGCGAGAGAGUUAUAAUGGAUGGAAGGAUGAAAUGACAGAAUGGCAACAAGUCUUUGAUGAAUAUAAAAAACAACCUACAUGCAAUUAGAAACACCCAUUUUGCACCGUAUGUGCCUCUCUGGACAAGUGAAAUACAUGUGUGGUCACUUUCAUCAACCUUUUUAUAUCUUGCGGAGAUGUUUCAAUUAUUAGUUUAAUCAUUUGAACUUGACGUAAUCUGUUGGUAAUACAGUGCGUAUCAAAAAAAGUUUACACUUAGAAAAAAUCCUGUAAAAUUAUAAAUUUGUAAUAUAAUGAAGA